AACUACGUCGUUUGAGUAGCUGUAAAACGAAGUGUGCAGAGAAAGCGAGGCAGAUCCUACGACGUCGUUAGCAUCAGGCCCCAUCCAUCUUCGUAUCGACGACAGUUGAGGAAGUGAGAGGGAAAACCGAAGCUUUGCUUCCGUUCGGUAAUGGAGAUCAUCUUCCUCCUGAAACCCUAACCGCUGCAUGAAUCGAUUCGGAAGAAACCAAUGGAUGCGAAGGAUAUCCUGGGAUUAACCAGACACUCAUUCUCACUCGAGAAGAAGCCUCGUCCUCCCAAAGAAUCUCAGAGAAAACCAGAUGGCAUUUCGCGCGAGGUGUAUGCGCUUACUGGUGGAUUACCAUCUCUUAUGCCCGCAAUCGAUUCCUCUCAAUUCAAGAAAAAGCCUCCUCCUGAUGAAAAGAUCACUUGGCAAUGGCUUCCUUUCACCAGUUCUGCUCGUAAAGAUAAUCUUCAACUUUACCAUUGGGUUCGUGUCGUCAAUGGUGUUCCCCCUACAGGGGAUUAUUCUUUUGCCAAGUAUAACAAGUCUGUUGACAUUAUCAGAUACACAGAUGAGGAGUAUGACAAGCAUUUGACCAAUCCGAUGUGGACCAAGGAGGAGACGGAUGAACUGUUUGACUUGUGUGAGAGGUUCGAUCUCCGAUUUAUUGUAAUUGCUGAUAGGUUCCCAUCAUCUCGGACUGUAGAAGAAUUAAAGGAUCGAUAUUAUAGUGUAUCUCGGGCUAUAUUAAUUGCAAGGGCUCCAUCUGCAGGAGACGUUGCCACACAUCCUGUUGUUAAGCAACCAUAUAAAGUUUCACAAGAAGUGGAACGAAAACGAGCACUGUCCGUGGUGCUUUCUCAAACAAGGCAACAAGAGCGAAGAGAUGAAGAGGUUAUCAUUGAAGCAAAAAAAAUAUCUGAAUUGCGCGUGUCUUCUAAGGUUGUUGAAGAGUCUCAGUUGGCUGUAACUUCGAAUGCUGGUGCAGAAUUUUCAGAGAGGGUCAUCCCUGGUGACACUGUUUCUCCAUUGAAUGUGCCUUCCACAUCACCAGACAAUGCAUCUAUUCUAGCUUCUCUUCGCAUGCUUCGUGUAUAUUCAAGAAUGUAUGCACUUGAGCAAAUGGUGCAAGCCGGAAACUCAACUACUGGACUUCGGACUGUCAAACGGAUUGAGCAAACUUUGCAAGAUCUUGGGGUCAAUUUGAAACCAAAGGUUCCAACGAAAGCUGUUUGUGCCGAGCAUCUUGAACUAAGAAAAGAAAUACUAACUUGGUUGAAUCUCCAGAGACAGGUGCAAUAUAAGGAGGCUGAGGGUUCAUCUCUCCGUGAUGGGACAUACGGUGAAUCACCAGGCACACCAAAGCAUUUGCAUUGUGCUGGGGAUCAGGAUCGUACAUUUAUUCCGGACUUCAUGAAUUUCGGAGGCGAAAGGGUUGGCAAAAAGGACCACAAGCGCAAGGGACCGUCAUCAGGUCAUAAAAGACCUAAAAAACAGAAGGCGUCAGAUUUCUAGUUCCUCUGGUGGCACUCCGGAGAGGUGUUUGAAUUUGUGUAAUUCUUAAUCAGAUUUAUGAAUGUUUCGGAGAGCGGCACCGAGCUCUAAACGCAUGGGAAUUCUGAUUACUCUGGUCUGUGAAUGAUAAUAAUGCCAUUCUUGGUAUUCAGUGCAAAGAGUAGUAUUGAAAUCCCUGAGAUGAGUGGGUGGGAUCUCGCAUCUUCACCGUGUUUGCUCCUACUGAGAGGCUUAACUUUAUAUUUUCUUGCUGGCAAAGCUUCACAGUUUACAGGGAUGCCAUGUAUAUUAGGUUGGAGUUGGGAUGUCCAUUAGAUUAAUUGUGUACAUUCAGAUAAUAAUGCAAUUGUAUUUUUUUUUUAUAUAUUUAAUCAAUGUCGCCACCUGUUCGGAAA